AUGUUCGAUACCGACAAAUUUAUAAUUUCUAUACAAGAUCAACCUGUGCUUUGGGACAAAGCGACGAAGGAGUAUAGUAAUAAAGACUCCAGAGAGAAGGCUUGGGUUUCUUGUGGUGCGGUGAUGUAUGAAAAUUGGGAGGUCAUGACAGCGGAGGAACGAAACAAGAAAGUGAAUGACAUGAAAAAUAAAUGGCGCCAUGUGAGAGAUAAUUUCCUAAAAUCUCUGAACCGCGGGAAAAGUGGAGAUCCAGCGAUGAAAAUGCGGAAAUACAUCUACGCUGAUUCAUUGCAGUUCUUAUUGACUACCGUUGAUAAGAGAAAAACAUCAGGCAAUAUAGAUACCCAGGACGUAGAGGACAAUGAAAAUUCACAGCAGGACGAAGAAACUCCUGAUGACAUUGCUGGCUCAUCAAGAGAUCCAACACUUAUUCAGUCACCACCAGAAGCCAGUUUACGUCCGGUGAUAAGUAGUGACAACAGCUUCAGCUUAAGCCCGUUGCCAAGCAUCGCCGGCGAAACGAUGCCGCUGAAACACGAACAAGAGGACGUAAGACAAACUCCGUAG